AAAAAUAUUCAUUUGCUUACAUUAAGUCAGUGGAUUUAUUGUUUAUCAAGGAAUGAUACACAUUAAAUUAAGUUAAAUAUUUUAAUAAAAUGGAUUGUGUAAUCUGUUUGGACGUAAAUGUGACUGGCCCCCAUUGCAUAGCUGUGGGUUCGGAGCAGUGGUUGACAUUCGAUAUUGCUAAAAUUAUAAAGAAGCAUUUGUGGCUUCUUGAACCCAUCCAUUCGUCGAGUUGUAUAUGUUCGGACUGUUGGGGAGAGUUAAAUGGAUUUCACGAAUUCUAUACCCAUGUGGAAAAUGCUCACAACAAUAAACCACUAUUUUUAAAGUCCGAAAUAGAUCCUUUGGUGGAGGAUCGAGAUCGUUAUGACUUUUGCGUAUUGCAACCGGAAAUCGAAAUGGAUUUACACGCCCAAAUAAAGGUCGACUAUGGUGAAGUUUCCGAUGUACAAACUUGCACGGCGCCUGCAUUAAUGGAUGAAGACCAACACUCGGACAAUGAAAGCCAUAAUGAUAGCGAUAGUCAAAAUGAUACAGAAAGCACGAAAAAUAAAAACAAUGACGUUCUGGACAUCUCUAACGACAGUGGAUUGAAGCCACACAACAAAUCCGAUUUGGAAGAACACAUAUUUUCUAUGACAAGGCCCACCAAGAAAAUGAACAAAAUUGACAACUCUUAUGUACCCAAAAUGGAACUAUCGCAAUAUGAUGAAUUCCUCAAGAAACAUUUUGAAAUGAAGUGUGCAAUAUGCCAACAAAAAUUUGAUAAAUUUCGUUUGCUCUGUAACCAUUAUAGCUCCGCACAUAAUGAACAAGGCUAUGCAUUGUGUUGUGAUAAGAAAUUCUUCCAUCGUCCAGAUUUGAUCGAUCACAUUAAUUAUUACCAUCUUAAUCCAAAGUAUUUCAAAUGCAAUUUUUGUGGCAAAUGUUUAAAAAAUAGACAAGGUCUGCUUAGCCAUUUAAGGAUCCAUGGCGAGAGGGAAUUUAGCUGUGAUAUAUGCGGUAAAAAAUUUGUGGAAGGGCGUCAUUUGGAGACACAUAAACUAGUACAUGUGUCUGAAUUAGAGAAAAAUUUUCCUUGUAAUGAAUGUGGCAAAUUUUAUGCCAACGAGGUUGCACUUUCGCGUCAUAAAAGAUGCAUAAUGUUACAUAAAGAAAGUAAGCAUCCGGUUGAUGAAAAACGUGAUUACAAUUGUCGUUUUUGUUCAAGAGUAUCACCGGCAUUGAAGGCCCAUAAGAAACAUAUACACAAAGUUCACGAAACAGAUUACAAAUUCACCUGCACCAUAUGUGAAAAGGGAUUUAAAAGAUCGGAUAAAUUUAAGGCACAGCUAAUUAUCGAGAACGAAAUAGAUAAAUACCAUCCCAAGCACAAAGCCCUGUGCCUAGACGAAAUCUUUGCGGUUGAUGGGUUAGUACUUACCAGAGAACCGCAUGAGACCCAAUACUUGCCACUUAUGCCAAAGGAAGUGUAUGUGUCGCAUGAACCCAUCCAUUCGUCGAGUUGUAUAUGUUCGGACUGUUGGAGAGAGUUAAAUGGAUUUCACGAAUUCUAUACCCGUGUGGAAAAUGCUCACAACAAUAAACCACUAUUUUUAAAGUCCGAAAUAGAUCCUUUGGUGGAGGAUCGAGAUCGUUAUGACUUUUGCGUAUUGCAACCGGAAAUCGAAAUGGAUUUACACGCCCAAAUAAAGGUCGACUAUGGUGAAGUUUCCGAUGUACAAACUUGCACGGCGCCUGCAUUAAUGGAUGAAGACCAACACUCGGACAAUGAAAGCCAUAAUGAUAGCGAUAGUCAAAAUGAUACAGAAAGCACGAAAAAUAAAAACAAUGACGUUCUGGACAUCACUAACGACAGUGGAUUGAAGCCACACAACAAAUCCGAUUUGGAAGAACACAUAUUUUCUAUGACAAGGCCCACCAAGAAAAUGAACAAAAUUGACAACUCUUAUGUACCCAAAAUGGAACUAUCGCAAUAUGAUGAAUUCCUCAAGAAACAUUUUGAAAUGAAGUGUGCAAUAUGCCAAAAAAAAUUUGAUAAAUUUAGUUUGCUCUGUAACCAUUAUAGCUCUGCGCAUAAUGGACAAGGCUAUGCACUGUGUUGUGAUAAGAAAUUCUUUCGUCGUCUAGAUUUGAUCGAUCACAUUAAUUACCAUCUUAAUCCAGAGUAUUUCAAAUGCAAUAUUUGCGGUAAAUGUUUGAAUAAUAGACAACGGCUGCAUAGCCAUUUAAGGAUCCAUGGAGAGAGGGAAUUUAGCUGUGAUAUAUGCGGUAAAAAAUUUGUUGAAGGACAUCAUUUGGAGACACACAAACUAGUACAUGUGCCAGAAUCGGAAAAGAAUUUUCCAUGCAACGAGUGUGGUAAAUAUUAUGCCAACGAGGUUGCACUUUCGCGUCAUAUGAAUUCGGUCCAUCUUAAUAUUUACACCAAAGUUUGCGAUAUUUGUGGACAAACCUUGCCUGAUGCACCCACCCUUAAAACGCAUAUGGAAAGACAUGCAGACAUAACAGCAACAUGCGAUGAAUGCGGUUUAAUAGUGACCAAUAAAAGAUGCUUAACAUUGCAUAAAAAAAGACAGCAUCCAGUUGAUGGAAAACGUGAUUACAAUUGUCAUAUUUGUUCAAAAGUAUCACCGACAUUGAAUGCCCUUAGGAAACAUAUACGUGAAGUUCACGAAGCAGAUUACAAAUUCACCUGCACCAUAUGUGGAAAGGGAUUUAAAAGAUCGGAUAAUUUUAAGUCUCACAUGUCUACACAUACCGGAACCCCACUAUAUCGUUGUCCUUGGUGUCCCAGAGAGUUUAACUCGAAUGGCAACAUGCAUAAACAUCGCAAAGCAGCGCAUUUCGUUGAGUGGGAAAAGGAACAACGCAAAAAAUAUUCGGGAAACUUACCGCCCGUAAAACAGCGCACAUCAAGCCGUUUACUGGCUUAGGUGAAUGUCCUUAGUGGCAUGGGGCGGCUUAAUGUCCGCACACUCUUUUUCAAGCUGUCCUAACCUUCCGCCCCUAAAUAUGAAGCACGGUAUAAAUCGUAGUACCAUGCUAUGUCAUGGUGGAUAUUGAUGUAAUAAAAUGAUUAUCUUGUUUUCACCAGCGAUUUGGAUUUGAUGGCUGAUAAUUGGCUUAUGCUAUGAACAUAUAUUAAAAGCGGAAAGGCAAUAAUAUUAAAUAAUAUUAAAACAAAUAAUAAUUAAGGCGAUUAUUUAAAUGCAUUUGCUCUAUUCCAAAUGAUAUUUAAAGGGUCCCGAUAGUGAUCAGUUCUAUGCUGCGGAACCUUUCAGCUUUUUCAAAGAAGGUAGCCAAAGACAUUUAUUGCUCACAUGUAUGUAGUUACAACGACAUAAACUGAGCGGAAAGGAGAGCCAUCCAUCCCAUCCCAGUCUAUGGCUAAGCAUAGCAGUAUAUCGCGGACGAAAUGAUAAAUGCCAUACCAAGCAUAAAGUUCCAAGCCCCGUGUCGAGACGAAAACUCUGCUUUGUUGUUGAAACUGUUGUAUUACGCGGGAGGCAGUUCACUUUGUCUAAAUCAGGUCUGGCCAUUGGUUAGGCCUGAAUAAGGCACUUCCCCAAGACUGGGGGAUUGUAUCAUAUCCGAUCACGGCUUCGAAGAAGAAACCUUGUUGACUGCAUUCAAAACAAUUGGUUGGUCGUUAUUAAAUUAUGCAGCACCGCCAUGGACUUGCUAGCUGAGCGACACGCAGUUGAAUAACAUUCGCAUUAGGAGACAAAGAGGCUACCCACGCUGUCUAAGCAUUAUCUACUGAGCUGCCCCAAUAUUUCGGUUAAUGAUGAAACAUCACUUCCCAUUCCGUUAAGGGUCCACAAAAAUGAUUAAAUUUGUAACCAAGACUUACUUCAUGUUUAAAAAUUAUUAUUUUAUUUUAUAGUUAAGAUUUAAAAACGCUAAUAAAUGACAAGAGGAGCGGUUCGCCUCAUUUAUAAAAUGGUA